AUGAAGAAGAAGGCCAGGCGGCGCUUGGAACGGAAACAGACCGUGCUCCAGGCCCGGCGAGACCCCACGGCCCGCCGGAACGUCGCCGACGCCGCGCGCGCCAAGGGCUCGAUCCGGCGUAAAACCGCGGCCAUGGCCGCGCCCGCCUACCCGAGCGCCGCGCCCCUGAACGCCAAGGCCCGGGCCGAGCGCUCGCCCAACUCCCUCGACAACGUCGCGGCCCUCGUCGGGGCCAUCCCCGCGGACCUCGUCGCCGCGCGCCGCGCCGCGCGGCGCCACGAGAAGCGGGGCUUCUCCCGCUGGACGCUGCCGUUCGUCGUCCUCCAGAAGUUCGGCCCGGCCAUGCUCAAGAUGCACAGGCUCCUGCCUUCCGGGGACACCGUCACCUCUGCCGAGGUCGUCGCCGCCGCCGCCGGCGUCCACGCGCACUACCUCGAGGCCAAGGACACGGUCUACCGGUCGUGGACCUACUUGUACUUUCCCGUGACCCGGGCCUGCUUCGCGCCCCAGGCGGUCGGCCAGUACCCGCCCACGUGCGAGCGCCACAAGCAAUGGCGCCGCGAGUACGCGGCGCGCGUCGCCGCCGUCGAGAGGAACAGCCCGCUCCGCGACCUCUUGGACGCGCUGGGCCCGCGGACGACGCGCGAGACCUGGAGCUCCUUCGUCGGCUCGUUCUCGAGCGUGUGGCUCGGCUGCCGCGAGUCGCUCAAGGCCGCCGACGACGACUACAACUACGCCCUCGAGUGGCUCAUCCGCGCGCUCGGCUACGCGCUCGAGGUGCCCGACAGCUGCUUCGACGGCUUGUGGGACAUCUUGACGGCGCCGCGGUUGUGGCCCGGGCUCAGGUACCGCGACGCCUACGACGCGUGCAUCACGGCGGGCCUGCCCGUCGCGCUCAUCUCCGUCAUCGCCGGCUGCGCGUUCGCUUCGCUCGAUCCGGACCCGCUGCCGCGCGGCACCGACGCCAAAGAACGCGAGAAGCACUUCAAGUUCAAGGUCAAGGGCUCCCCCCACGCGUGGCUCCUCCGGCACCGCGCCGCGCUGCUCGAGUUCCGGGACGCGCUCUCGGCGAGCUACGACCGUCUCCCCGUGCCCCCAUCCGUGCUCGUGAAGAAAUACCUCACCAAGCACCCGGACGCGCGCGGGAA